AUGCGACGUUCCCCAACAGAUGGAGCUCGGGGCGGGGCCUUGUCGCCGGCGACGACGAGGGCGGUGUGCGGGCGCAGGAGGAUGCUCUGCAGCGAGGAUCCCGUUCCCGUCGCGUCCCCCGUCCCGGUCGCCGAGCCCCUACGUCGCGGCGGCAGAUCUCCCUCCACUUCGCCCCCUCCGCGCUGGCCUCCGCCGUUUCGCCGCGGCGGCGCGGGCGAGGGCAACCGACAAUUCCCAUCUGGGCCGAAUGAGUCGCCCGUCAGCAGCCGGACCAGGCCCAGCACGCCCUCCUCCGGCCACCGCCCCUCAACGCCCUCCUCCGGCCACCGCCCCUCCACCCCCGGCGGCACCAGGAGGGGCACAACCAGCGCCGGCGCCGGCACCGGCGGGGGCACGCCGUCCACUCCGCGCUCGCGCAACACGGGCGGGCCAUUCAGGUCCGAGCCCAACUCGCCGCCGGGCUCGGCGGCGGCCCGGCCGCGCCUCUCCUUCGACCGCGCCUCCCCGGGAUCCGCCGACGCCAAGCCCGUCGCCGAGCGCCAAGUGCCCAAGAUCGGCACGCCUCCCCCCGACAAGCAGCUGCGGAGGGAGAUCGAGCUACAGUCGCGGCUCGAGUCCGCGCACGAGGACCUCAAGAAGGCCAAGGACCAGCUCUCCUUCGUCGUCGGCGAGAAGGACCGCCUCGUCAGCGAGCUCAACGAGGCCAAGCGGGUCGUCGACGAGAUACACGAGAACCUCCAGGACGCGCUCAUGGCCAAGAGGUGGGCCGAGGAGGCCACCGAGAUCGAGAAGUUCCGCGCCGACGAGCUCCAGCAGGCCGGCAUCGAUGAGUCACAGAAGAGGGACGAGGAGUGGCAGAGGGAGGUCGAGAGCGUGCGAAGCCAGCACGCCGCGGAUUUGGAGACGCUGGUCACCACCACCAAGGAGCUCGAGAGGUUCAGGCGUGAGCUUUCGAUGGCCAAGGAGGCCAAGAAGGCUGCGCUUGGCCACGCAGACGAUGCCAUGAAGAUCGCGGAGGUCAACGCGGACAAGGUGGAGAUCCUCUCCGACGAGGUCAUCCGCUUGAAAGGAUUGCUUGAUUCCAGCGUUGCGGCUGAGGAGAGUAAAAACAGUGAAACCGAGGCAUUUGUUAAGAAUUUGGAAUCCGAGAUUUCAGUUCUCAAAGGCAAACUAGAGGAGGCAAAGGUUCCUGAGGAGAGGUUGGCCGACAUGGAAAAACUGACCGAGGAGCUUAAAGCACAGUUGGCUGAUGCAAAGAAGGCCGAGUCAGAAGUCCAUCAGCAGUUUGAGGAAUGGAAGAACAAAGCUGGGUCACUUGAAAUGGAAUUGGAGGAGGGUAAUCUCUCCGAGAAGGCCAAAAGCGACACCCUUAUCUCCAUGGAAGAAGAACUGGACAAGACCCUGUCUAUUUUACAGGACAGAGAAUCUGAGAUGGAAGUGCUGAAAGGAAAGACAACAACAUUGGAAAUUGAGGUGGCAAGGCUUUCAACAGAAAUCAACGAAUCCAGCGACCACCUGGACGCCUCUCAGCAGGAGUUGUUUGGGCUGCAGACAACAAUAGAUGUUGUGAAAAACAAGCUUGAAGCUGCCGAAGAAGCGGCCUCGGAGGCUUUAAACAAUGAGAAGACUGCUAAUGCAAACAUUGUAAUCCUGACCGAGGAGAAAAUCAAGCUCAUUAAUGAGUUGAAUGAUACCAGGGACAGAGAGGAGAAAGAGAGAAGGGCAGUGGAGGAUCUCACUGCUGCGUUGAGUGAGGCAUCUGGCAAAACAGAGGAAGCACAUGAAAGAUUUCUGAAGAAAGAAGAUGAUUACGAGUCUUCUUCAUGUGGAUCUGCUCUGGCACAGCUCCUCUCGGCCCGGAAAACCUAA